CGACAAACAGGCAGAGAAGCGCGAUUGCAGAUUCGAAGAGCAGGUUGACGGUUUUACGACAAACAGGUGAUGGCGUUUUGUAAACAGUUAACUUUUAGAAGAAGUCGCAUAGUUAUCUGCUUAGUAUGUUUUUUAUUAUGCAUUCAAGUAUUGAAUUUGGCAUUAUUUCAUCGUAUGGAUUCGAAGAAAACAAACAGUAGAACAGGAACGGAUUUAUUAAGGAAUAUAUUAGAAACCAUUUCUUCAAAAACUGUGAUGGAUACUAGUGGCUUAUAUCAAAUCGUAAAGGAUGUUAUUAGUCGAAAUCGUUCAGUUAGUUUGAAACAGAAAUUGACUAUAGUCACUCAUUGUUCAGCUGACGAUUUACAUUAUAUAAUCGAUUUAACAAGACAUUGGAAAGGGGAAGUUUCUAUAUCAAUUUUUGCCUUAGAUGGAAAAUUAGCGAAUUUGGUUAGGAAUCUAGUUAAUAUCUUCUAUUGUUACAAUAUGGUAAAUGUAAACUUUCAUAUUGUCUUCCCCUUACCCACAAGAACUGUUAUUUUGACGGAUGUUGAUGAAUUCUUCCCAAAUUGCACUCUACCAGUUAGGCUGGAAAGGACAAGUCGAUAUUCUAAACUUCUUUAUCCAACCAAUUUACUCCGAAAUGUCGCCUUAUCUAGCGUGUCGUCGGAAUUCUUUCUUAUGAUCGAUGAUUCGACCCUGCCAAAUUCUGAUUUGUACUCCCAUUUUCGGUCAGAAAUAGAUAAGGGUUUCUUGUCUAAAACAGCCUAUAUCUUGCCUUCUUUUGAAGGAGACAAAAAUUUAAAUGUACCGACAUCCAAGGCUGAAUUAAAUCGUCAUUGGUUGGCCGGUCGAGUACGGCCUUAUGGCGUUAGAAAAUGUUGGGAUUGGGAAAAACCGACUGACUAUCAGAAGUGGAGAACGGCUAAUAAAUCUUACGAGGUCAAUUGGCAGUCCAUGUGGAGACCUUCUUUUAUUGCUAGAAAGAGCGAGACUCCCAGGUUCGACGAGAGAUUUUUUCAAUAUGGCUUUAAUAGAAUCAGUCAGUUGAAUCAGAAGAGCGUAUCAUGUGAUAUUAUGAGAAAGAGACAGAGAGACAAAGACAGAAAAGAGAUGGAAGAAAAGGGCGUAACAAUUUAAUAGAUCUAUAAAAAGCCUAUUUAUAAAAUUUUCGAGUGUAGCAGUUGUUUUCACGAGAAAAAAAAUCUGCAAACAACCUCUAGUUAAUCAGAAUUAUCAAUGAGAUGAUGUUCAAUACUAUUGCAUAGUAAUUAGGUAAUUAGUAUGCGCAGAUCGGACAAAUCAGUAAUUAAAUAUACUUCAUAUUUAUUCGUUUAGGAAAACUUAUUGGAAAGCAGAAAUAUUCGAUAAUCAAUUGAAAUAAAUGAAUAUUUAAAUAAAUUUAGAUAAGAUUUUCCAUUUUUUGAAGCAGUAUUCAAACUAACUUCGGUAUUAUUGAUUCCUCAUGGGAAUAUUGGAUACCAAUCAGUCUGAUUGCAUAUUUUCUUUCUUAUAUACAUCACAAACAAAUGGUGGAAUAACAACAGCAAAUACCAUUAGGGUCAUAAACAGUUUUUAAUAUUGGUAAAUAUGGAAAAUUUAUUAAUGGAAGGGAAAAAAAUUUAUUCCAGACACGUAGUGAAUAUUAAACGCUAUUUAUACCGUAAACUGGAAUGCCUUUAAGCAGACGACAUAUGGAUGAGAAUUCUUUUCCCGCCAAUUUCUUUAAAUUGGAUUGUUUCUCUAUUUUCGAACAUUUUAUAAGAGUUAAAAGUUUCUGGUAUAUCAUUACUUCUUUAGGAUUAUUUCUUAUAUGAAUGACAAAAAAAGACAAACUUAUUUCCCAGGAUAGAAAACAGUCGGCUGUCCGUCUCCAAUUAAGAGCAGCAUUUGACAUGAAGAGAUGCAAAGCCUCAUUAUGCAGUGGACUGUGCUCGGCUCUUUUUCCCCAUUCUCUUCUCUUUCUCUCCGCCCUAUUCCCUUUACUUAGAAUACUGCAAAUUUCAUUAUGCAAAUUCUCUUUACGAUUUUCGUUUAAAUGUAACAAUAGGCUAUCAGCUUUUAACGGUUGUUAUAAACUGAUUCGGUUGGGUAACGCUAAAUUCAGUGAUUCGUAAACUUCACUACACCGUAACCAUAAUACGAUGAAUUUGUUCAUUGGACCGUUUUUUUUCAGGUAUGCGAGAUGUACGUGGCGGGAUUCCGUUUCAUCGUACAUUCUAAGCUAUUCCUUAUAAGAAGAGGAUUUACUAGUUCGAAUAGUUUGACAAACAUGGAAAAGGUUCAAUAUAAACGAAAUGAGAGAUUAUACAGAUUAUUCAAGGAAGAAUUGCAAAAACGGUAUCGACAAUCCAACAGGCGUUGCUAAUACAUCACAGUAUACGUCAUUAUUCUGCACUUCAUCAAAAUCCCAUUCCGCUCGCCAAAUAAAGGGGUGAGCCGCACGAAAACGUGCUGUAUAACAAAGGCAAAAGACGAGAGAGUUGCCGAAUGAUCCGAGUCAGUCUAAUGUCAUUGAACAGGGAGCACGACGAACAACUUUGAAGAAAGAAUGAGAUAUUAUAUAUUUGAUACACUAUAAUAUAUUCCAUAGAAGAAACCAUGUCAUCUUAUCCCGUCUCAAAUGCAUGACGUUUACGAAUAAGUCGGCCGUUUGUUGACGUCGUGCACCUGCUGCUAUUGGGGGGGCGUCUUUUCCUGGCCUCCUUUCUAAUAAGAAAUCAACAAUACAAUUAAUAGGAAAAAAAGGAAUAUAAACAAAGAGAACGGAAAUAAAAUACGAUUUAUUCUUUUCUGAUAAUAUCGUUUUCUAUUAUUCCUCAUUAACUACAAAGUAGAAGGAUAGUAACGCUCGUCGUAAAAUCGACACGUCUAUAGUAGUAUAAGUUAAUUCUCAGAUUACGAUAUUCCCUAGCCCAAUCAAUAAAAAAAAUCAGACUUUUUUCGUUUUUUUUUCUCUUUGGCAUAGAGCUCGUCCUCCUUUCUUACUACAAACAUAUCAUCAUAAUAAUAGCGUCACCUACUCGUCUUUUAUAAAUAACCUACCCUUUCCUUGUAUUUUUCAAUUUCAAAUAAUACAUGUUUCCCUUAACAACCAACUAUAAUGCUCGGGUUUUUUUUUACCCUUUUUCUUUUUAUAUAAGAAAAGUAAUUUUCUCUUUUUCUUUCCUUACCCCGUCCGUUUUAUUUCUCUCUCUCUCUCUCUCUCUCUCUCUCUCUCUUUUUCUUUCUUUCUUUCCCUUCUUCCUUUAUUCUCUCAUAUCUCUCUCGUUUAAUUAAUAUUCGUUUGCUACAUUUCCAAUAAGAAGACAGUCAAGAAGAUGGUAAGCUGAUUUGGCACAAAAAAAAGAUUAAAAAAAUUGGAAAAAAGGAAGAGAAAGAGAUGCCUGACCUUAACGGAGCAGUUAAUCGUCAAGAUUAGAAGAAGACAAUUGCUUUUGGUAAAUAUGCAAAAGCAAUUAGCAUUCUAGGGGAACUAGGCUGGUAUAUGAUGUAAUACUCUACUCACUGUCUAUACGGACAUACAAACUGCCGAUUUUGUAAAUAUAUAUGGAGUAUUAAGAAAAAAAUACUGCUUCCUCAGGUUACUUCCGUUUCCGGAAGAGAGAUCGCCCAAGCAUUUGUAUAGCUUCUUCUUCUUUUUAGAGAAUAUAAUAAAAGUAUACAGCUUAGGAAACGGAACGCAAUAAGGGCUAUGAGUCGGUACUCGUACUUUAGGCCUCAUAACAGUUUGUCCCUACAAACAAAUCAAUUUGAAUUACUCUUCAACCUUCAACUUUUCCCUAAUUUUCAAAUUUAAUUAAUAAUUUGUUUAAAAAUAAAGAAAUUAAUAAUUUACUUGAUCAAUUAAUUAAAUAUAUAAAUAAUAAAA